GCCUUGUUUUUUUUUUGUGGUUUUUUUUUUUUUGCGCUGUGAAGGCGUGGACUGCCAAGUAACAAUCUGGUGUGAUCAAACACAGUCAGUCGUCCAGUGGAGUUUCUUUUAUGAGAGUGCCAGCAGUGGUUGCUCUGGUGCUGAUGAUAACAACUGCUGCAGAAAGAAGCAGCUUAUCCCACCUGUGGUCACCAGAGCAGAGCUGACACUGUCCUGCAAGUUGCAUCCGUCAUGCAGGUAUAUCUUUCAUGAGUUUUUGAAAUGUUAUUUAGGGCAGCUGUGGCUUUUAAAGUUAACAUAAGUCUUGCGUUAAAGUAUUUGAACUGUGGGAAUGAUGUUAUAGUUUUAGUAAGUUAAGGCAACAGGUGAUAUGGUUUAAUUUUAUUUUUACUCACACGCUAUAUUUUGAUUUUUAUAUUGUUUUAUAUAAAUUUGACUACUUAUUAAAGAAAUAAAGUCAUGUCAUGAAAGUCACACAUUUUGUCACACAUAUUGAUUACAGUCGGGGUUUUAUGUCGAGAGAUUUCUGAAGUUUCUCCUGAAUGGCUGCUUAUCAUGUCCAGUGUGAUAAUGCACUUUCACCACUAGAGGCCGCAAUUUCUAUUGAUCAGAUGCUGCUUUCGCGUACACUGGAAGUUGUCGUAAUUAUUAAAAAUGGUUUUUUUUUCUCCCCCAAAGCCCAGCCGUGUUUUUGAUAUGAGUUUAGAGCGACAACAUAAACUACGACAACAAUUGAAGCUGAAGUAUAGGUCAACUUUUGGCAAAUAAAUUACCCAAGGCACAAAUAAUAUGAAAACUAUGUAUUUCCCUUUCAUUGCUCUGAAUUUAGAGCAUAAAUAAUUCAGUAAAUUUCCAAGUAAAUGGACUACUUUCAGUCACAUGUACGUGCUGUCAUUUGGUGCAAUUUCACUUAAAAUAACUUUAGGGGGAAACAGUAGAAAACACAACUUUGCGUUUAAGAACAUCCCCUGAAGGCAGCAACGGCGGUCAGUCCUUUAAAGAAAACCGGAAACUCGGUGAUGAGGAAGAAGUAGCAAGCUAGCUUCCAACAACGAAAUAUUUAUAAAAAAGUUUUAUAUUCGUCGUUAUUAAGACUACAAUCACUAAAAAUCUUAACAAUGUCGGGAUCCAAUAUCGUAGCGAUGAAGAAAAUCGUCCAACAGUUGCGCCUUGAAGCUGGUUUAAACAGAGUUAAGGUGUCCCAGGCCGCAGCGGACCUGCAGCAGUUUUGCCUUCAGAACGCCCAGCAGGACCCUCUGCUCACCGGCAUGUCGUCCAGCAGCAACCCGUUUAGACCGCAGAAAGUCUGCUCCUUCCUAUAGCGCCGACAGCCAGACCGACCCUCUGCCUCCGUUUUGGACAUUGUGGUGUCUUGUGAAACUGGGCUGCAGGACCUGCACUGUGGACUGGAAUCAUCUCAGGAGUUUGGGGACAAGCAACUAACUUGACAGUUUUUUUACUUUUGCCUUUGUAAAAUCUCAUACGGAAACAUUUCCAGGUGCUUAUGUGGCACGAUAAAUGUCUUAACCUACUUGCUUAGAAGUAAUCAACCCAUACCAACACACGUAUGUGCCUUUUGAAAUGUACAUUUUUUUAUGCCAGAUUUUGAUAAAUAAAUACUAUUUCCACAUUUUAAA